ACCCAGGCCCACCGGUCCCCCAUUAUGUCACAAAGAAGGAAAGGAAGGCACAAGAUGAAGUAGGAAGACACAGUCAGAACAAUGGGGAAGAGGGGAGAUCUCAAAUAGUCUCUGUAGUUGAGCCUCAGACUGUCCCACACAGGCUGCAGCAAAGAGUUGUUGCCCAAGCAUCUCAUCCAAAGAUCUGCACUGACAUCCAUAUUCAUCCUGAAGUAAAAAUCACAAGGUCUUUGUAACAAUGGAGAGUUGUGAGGAAGGAAAUGCACCUGAAUCCGAACCAGUUCAACGCACCCAGCCGCUGUGCCGCUUCUUCUCUCAAGGCAGGCACUGUAGUUUUGGCAACAGAUGUAAAUUUCUGCAUGUGAGAGAUGACGCCGGUGCUCACGAGAAGAAAGCUAACAGGACACCCAGCCAGCCACAUGUCCACCAGGACCCUGGUGGAAAUGUGGGGCACAGGCCUCCUCACCCUAACAAGUCCAGGGCUGGCCCCCCAGCCGCAGGACGCCGCCCCUGCCGCUACUUUCUCUCCGGCCACUGCACCAUGGAGGACAGAUGCCGCUUCUGGCAUCCACCGCAGCUCCCCUCGGUGGAUGACCUGCCUGUUUCUGGCGAUCAGAUGAGACCCGCUCAGAGGAUGAUACCAGUGCCCCGUCCCGGCAUCCUCCAGGAGGUCAAGCUGUGUGACCUGACUGAGGACGUGGCCGAGCAACUACGAGAGACAGAGAUCAAGCAGCUGAAGAAGCGUUUUCCCAAAGACAGGCUGAUUAUUCAGGAACGAAGUGAUGGCAAAGUAACGUUUUACAGGAUGACUGUGGAGGCCACUGAUCCAGACUGGCCUUUUGAUCUGAAAGAAAUUGACAUCAUGGUGAGCUUCCCAGACAGUUACCCACAAGAGGUUUUCACUUUGAAUGUACCAUUGGAUCAGGAUCUGCCAGCAGUUAUGGCAAGACAUGCACAACAAGCCUCUUUGGAGUGGCUUCAGGCCAAGCAUGCAACCAAUCUGCUUCGGGGAAAGGUAGAGCUGCUCUUCCGGCCUUUUCUGCGCUGGCUAGAUCGGAGUUUGGAGAGACUGUUCACGGAAGGAGCCAGGCAGUUAAAAAAAGAAAUUGACGUAGAAAGGGCUGGACUGCAGUUUAUACCAUACCAGGAGCUCCAGGCAGCAGUAUGUGAAAAAUCAGAGAACGACACCUCCUCUGAGCCUGCCUCUGACACCACUGCUGCUCCUGAUGCAGAUGGGGACACCAGUGGUGAAGGGAAACUAGAAAUGACAGAAGGUGAGAGUGCAGUGGACGGAGGAAAGCUGCCUCGUUCAGGCUGUGAUGAAGAGCAGCAGCAGGAGGAGGAAGUCAGUCAUCUGGUUGAGAACAUUAAGAUCAGUGAUCCCCGCAGAGGCACAGAGGUGAAGGUGCUGGGACUGAGGCUGGGAGAGAACACUGCCACCUUAGUUGCCCAAAAGAUCACGGUUUCUCUUGUGUGUAAUAGGUGUAAAGUCCCCGCAGACCUGAUCCUCAAUGGCCGGACAGCCUGCACAGCUCAAUGUGAAAAGUGCAGCACAAGCAUCAACGCUGCAUACAGGCCCUGCAUGCUGCACCAUUACAGCGACGUCCUGGGAUACCUGGACCUCCACAACGUCACACCUGCUGACCUGGUGCUUCAGGACUGUGACCUCAUUGUGGGCUGCCUCAGCUGCUCCCAGGAGUGCCCUGUCCAGAAUCUUUCCUAUGGACAAACCCAGGAGUUAAACUGUGAACACUGCCACAGCAAACUUAGUAUACUGGCUGAUAGCGUAAGAUUCCAGUAUAUUCAGCCCCGCACCGACAAAUCAGGUUCAAGUGCUGUUAGUUAUAAGACCAUAAGAGACCCUGCCGUGCAAAAGGGGAAGCCACUACCAGACAAAGGAGCAUGCAAACAUUACAAACAGAGCCAUCGAUGGCUAAGGUUUCCCUGCUGUGGCCGGGCGUACGCAUGUGACGCGUGCCACGAUGAUGACCAGGACCACCCAAUGGAACUCGCCACCAGGAUGAUUUGUGGCUACUGUGCCAAAGAACAGCCAUACGGCAAUGGGAGGCCUUGCAUCAGCUGUGGGAGCAUGAUGACCAGAGGCACUCGCACCAGCUACUGGGAGGGAGGACUGGGCUGCAGAAACAAAGUCAAAAUGAACAGAAAUGAUCGACAAAAGUACGCCAACACCAACAAAACGGUUUCCAGGAAGGCAGCCAGGGAAAAGAAGUAGCUGGUGAAAAAGAGUGAUGUUGUUUUAAUCGGUAAACUGACAUUAUGGUUUCUAUGAAAUAUGUGUUGCCUUAAAAAAAUCAUGUUGUUGUGAUCAUUCAUGAUGUGAGUGGGAGAAGUGUGAAUAUUCUGAUCUGCAUUUAAAAUCUGAAGCUUUGGUGUGGAUUGAGUGAAAAGACCUUGGUUUAGUAUUAAUCUCAGGUUUAACAGGUUAUCGCAUAUAAUGAGAUGGAGAGUGAGUCAAUGCAUGCAGGUCAUUUGAUUGUGAUGGCACAGUGUGUUAAAAGAUCAAAAGU